AUGACUGCUACCCCGCGCCCGCGCCCCUUCGAUCGCGAACUUGCACUGAAGCUCUUCAAUGUGCAAGUCCCAAAAGACGUACAGUUUUCUCCCGACGGCAAACAUGUAGUCUAUACGACAGCCCUCCACGGCCAUACUCAUCGCGUGGGCAAGUACCAUCUGUCAACGCUGUGGCUGGCCUCGACAACCGAACCAAAGUCUGCAAAGCAGCUUACCUCGGGCGAAUUCGACGAUGUUAACCCUGUUUGGCACCCCAAUGGCAAGGAUAUUGCCUUUCUUUCCGACCGUGGCGCACAGGGAAAGCCCAAAGCUAUUUGGACACUGAGCAUCGACAAUCCCGAGAAGCCAGUUCAGCUGUCCAACACGUCUUGCACGGCGGGUAUUAGCAUGGCACGCUAUUCACCCGAUGGAAAGUCCAUUGCAUACUUGUCCAUGGACGAAAAGUCCCAGGACUACAAAGAUAAGCAAGAGAGAGGCGAACCAGACCCCAUUGUCUGGAAUGGUACCGAAGACUCACUCCGCCUACGACUGAUGGACCUCGAGACAAAAGAAGUGCGCGUUCUGAGCGAUAUAGGCAAGCAUCAGCACGUUCUGCUAUAUGCCUGGGGAACGGAUGGCAAGAAAAUCCUCAUUGCCACCAACGAGAAACCCGAAUGGGAGGAAAUGUUCCACUCCGGCACAACCGUGUCCCUUGUUGAUUUGGAAACUGGUGAUAUCGAGGACUUGCACACCACGUUCCGCUACGUCGAAGACAUUGCCUUGGGAGGAGAUGGCGUUGCGUACCUGUUGCAGACAAGCACCGACUGUUACUGGUCGUCUGGUGCUGUGUUUGUGUUGGACCCCAAACUUGAGCCGAGGCCUUUGUCCGCGGUACCUGUCAGCGACCGCACUGGUAGAGACGAUACUGCCGAAGUAUUCAGAGUACGCAAUGGCGUCGUGACUCUCCUACACAUGACUAGUGACGGAGUCUCCAUUCGCACGCUUGACGAGAAGGAGCUCUUCCGGCGCCCAUACAACGCACACUUCUGGGAUAUCCAUCACGAUGCGCAGACUGGCGAGUGGACGCUUGCUGUCAGCGAUUCGACCAUCAACACGCCUCCGGAGCUUACUAUUGCUAGACAGGGCCAGGACGACCAAAUCCUUACUGAGUGUGGUAAGGCAUUCGAGGGCCAAACCUUUGGCAAAUUCCAUACCCUUAAAUGCCAAUCAGCAGACGGUAAAAUGGAGCUGGACGGCCACUUCAUUGCUCCUGCGUCUAGUUUGGAUAGCAAUGGCGUUCUUAAGCACCACGUUCCGACGGUUGUCAUGCCUCACGGUGGCCCUAGUAAUCGUGAUGCCGAGAACUUUUGCGCCAACUUCUACUGGCCCGUGUAUUUGCUCGCACAGGGCUAUGGUGUCUUAUUCCCCCAAUUCCGUGGUGGCUACGGUCGCGGAACAGAGUUUGCUGUUGUCAGCGGCACGGGCGCAGGCAAAGAAAGCUACGACGAUGUCAUUACAAUUACAGACAAUGCUAUCAAAAAGGGCUUUUCCGACCCAGAGCGACUAGUCAUUGCAGGUUGGAGCAACGGUGGCCUGCAGACCUUCUUAUGUAGUGUACGAAACGGACGUCACGGCCUUGGUUGGCGUUUUAAGGCUGCCAUUGCUGGCGCGGGCAUGUCGGACCUGGAAAGUCUCUGCUUCUCCUCCGAUAUUGGCUCGACCGCCUUUGCAGAGCUCAACAAUGGCAUUAAGCCAUGGACUUCGUCCCCAGACGAAGCUGGCGGUCGCUCAGCGAGUGGUGUCUGGCAAGUUGCAUCAGCAGCAGAGGAGGCUAAGCGAACAGGACAGAUGGUGAUCCCACCGAUGCUGAUUCUGCAUGGCCAAAGCGAUGUAAGAGUUCCGUUUGAUCAGUCUGUAGGGUUCUGGCGAGCCCUGCGUGAGCAUAAGCUUCCUUGCGAAUUUGUCGCCUACCCUGGGCAAGGCCACAGUAUGACUCAACAGGUCUAUUGGGUGGACUUGUUGGAGAGAGUAUCGAGAUGGUGUGAUGUGUACACGGGCGCAAAAUAA